AUGGAAUUGGAGAAUAUCAGCAUUGCUGCCGAGUUGAGUUCAUCGGACCCAACCAAACAAACCAAUGCCUUGUUGAUUCUUCAUAGACUGUAUACAGCCGGAAAGGAUAUUCAGAAUUAUGUUUCUACAGUGAUUAAUGCCGUGUUGGUCAAGUCAUCGGAUCCACUGGUCAAGAAAUUGUGUUAUCAGUUGAUCAAAGGAUGUGCCAUUACGAGUAGACACGAUUGGAAUUUUGUUAUGAAGGUGAUUGUGGAUGAUAUGACUAAUUCUUCAGCAAAUCCGGAUUUAUGUGUUUGGGCUUUUAGAACUGUUGUUGGACUAUGUGGUAUUGGAACACAACUUCAAGAGUUUUUUGUUAAAAAUCGUAGACAAGUUGAAGAAUGUCUAUUCAAGUACGGAUAUGAUCAUGUCAGAAUUGCUUCUCUUCACUUCAUCAAAUGUCUAGCCAUAUCACUGAGGCAAUCAGAAACUCUCCGAUCCACAGCAUUCCAACAAAAUACAAGUGAGUCUUCAACAGCUAAAUAUUUUGCAGACUGGGUUCUUCGUUCUAUCAAGGAUGACAACCAAGAGAUUGCGUUUAUUGGCUUUGAAAUUCUGAGAGAAUUUAUUUGUGGAGAUUGUGCUCGUCACCUUCAUAGUGAGACCUUACCAAUUUCUGUCACAAAGGAAAGCAUGCAGUGGAUUUCUGCAAUGAAGCCCUACUAUCACACAUUAUUAUCUAGACUGAAAUGUAUGGAUGUCAGACGAAGAUAUCCUGCUUUAAGACCUUUGACCUAUAUUUCACUCUAUUUACAAGACGAGUUAUCUCAUCAAUCGCAGAGGGAAAACGCUUUAACAUUCGAAAGCGUCCUUAUUAGCACAACAAACGUAUUGAGACCCAUGCUUCAAAGUGUAGAGUGCGCAACUGUUCUUGAAACAGCCCAUUGUAUCUUAUUGACAGCAAUAGACAGCUCUAUGCCAAGCGACCUCACUGCUUGUACAAAUAAUUUAAUCGAUGAUGCCAUAACUGCCUAUUUAGGAUUAUUGUACAGAGAAGAGUCAUCAUUUUUCUAUGAUGAUUUAAUGAAAGAUGUUUGCUCAGUGCUCAACACAGUGAGAGACAAAUAUACUGUUUCAGUGAAAUUAGUUGAACAUAUUAUGAAAGUUGGAGAUGCAGUUAACAGAAUGUAUAUUCUUUCGAGUAUUGUCAGAACACUGAUUCAGUGCAGUAUUAAUACACGAACAAAACAGCACUUUUUGAAAUUGACUGAUCAACUCAAUGACCCAGUAGAGAUUGACUUAUUUCUAAAGGAAGGUUUCAUUGCAAAGUUAAUUACUGUUCCUGACUCUCCUUUCGAAGAACUAAUUAGAAACGAGCUUUUAUUCUGUAUUUGCAGAGAAUAUCUUUCACAAAAACCAUACACACCAAGCAAUAAUUCAGAGCCAAAGACCUCUGAAGCUGCCAUCGAUUACUCUCUCAUUCAUGCCUGGUUAGAUGUUGGAAUUGGUAUUUCAGAGUUUGGAAUGAGCUCAUUCACUUGGAAAUUUUCAUCAGGACUUACUGCAGCAAUUUCUGAGUUUUCAUUAAUUUUGACCGAUUUGUGUGGCGAAUCCUACAUGUCUUUCAACACGAAUGAGGAUCAGAGAAAGAAAAUUCAAAAGAUACUCAACAAGUGCUUGGAUAUUAUUUUGAAGAUGAAAACAGAGUUUGCAGAGAUUAUUUCCAUGUGUAUUUUGAGUAAUUUCGUUGAAUUACAAAAACAAGCAGCCGGCAGAGAAAGUGGUGAUUUGGUAUUUGACCAUACCAGAUUUAUGAUUUCCUCCACAUUGAAAAGCUCAGGAGGAGCUUCUAGCAAAGAAAAAAUUGAAACAUUACUUUACUGUUUAUUGAGUGUGUGUCUCAGAUUUACACCAAAGCUCAGAGAUACUCACGAAUACUUGCGAGCAUUGCUGGAAAAACAACAAGACACGAGAGACGACAUUACAGACUUGCUAAGAAAGACUCUCCUUCGAGUCGACUAUGCUAUGAAAUAUAAUAUUACCAAAGAUACUGCCUCUGUGUCUGAUAUUGAGCUCAUCUAUGGCAAAGUAUUUAACAAGGACCAUCCAAUAUUCAAGUCCUAUUUUGCUGAGGAUGACGAGAAAUUAUUAACUGCAUACAUCGAAGGCAUUCAACAACUCAAUACUAUAACGGCAAAUUUACAUGAACAGGAUUUGUAUCAAUUGAAGAAGGGCAAACAAUUAAUGACCGCAACGUCUACCAACACCAAGAUCCGCCAAACUAAUACUGAAGCAAAAUUCUACUCUCUCGUAAUUUCUCAACCAAGUGACCCUAUUUGCGUCACAGCUUCAUAUUCUGUUAUUCCAGAAUCCUAUACUGCUUUCCUUCACGUCAAGAUACAUAACACAUCUCCGUGUGAUAUUUUCCAAACAUCUGUAGAGGUUGGUAUGGAGGGUCCGCUCACUCUAUUUGAAAAGACCCAACAAGCAUCAAACAAUGUUGGUGAUUUAGCUGUUAACCAAUCGUAUGAAUUCGACUUGGAGUUCACAAUGACAGAAUUUGGUCAUUAUUGUUUCAAUAUUAUUGUAAAAUGUACGCACUUGAAGUCUUCUGGAGGAAUUGAUUUGCUCGAUGAAGGAAACAAACAAGAAGAGCUUGUAACGAUCAGAUGUACUCCUUUUAAGAUCAAAAUGUCACACGUACUUUCAAGACCAAUUAAUUUGCUUCAUCAAGACUUUUUGACACUGUGGGAGAACUUUGAAUCUUCAUUCCAUUUGAAGAUGGUCAUUCCAAAAGUUGAAGGAACUGGAAAGGAAAAAUCACCAAUCCUCAAAGCCAAAGAAUUUAUCACAAACAUGAUGUCUGGUUUACAUUUCGCAGAAAUUCCUCAACUCGAGGAAGCUACCAAGUUAAAACAAGAUGGAUCCAUGUGGCAGCUAUGUUUUGCAGCAAGAUCCAUAUUCAAAGAUUACAUUCUAUUGGUUGUGUUUGGAUACGAGCACCAUGAUGGAGAGCAUUUCUUGUGUGACUUCCAAUUCAAGACCAGCUCGGAACCAGUGUAUAGCUGUCUUCAUGCUGACAAAUCACCAUGGUUCCAAGAAAUGGUCUACAAUAAUUCUCAUGUCUAUGACGAGAGAAGGGUGUUUGUAGUAGAUCCAGAGUCUUAUGACAAGUCAUUCUUUGAUAUUACAAAUCAAUUUGUUUUCGAUAAGGUUAGAGUGAAUGUGAUGAAGAAAUAUAAUCUGAAUUCAGCCAAAUUGAAUGUUCUGUUUCUGAAGCGAUGGAAGGAAAGUACAUGCAUCGAAUAG